AUGCCUUCAUUCCGACCCUUCACAGUCGUUCUCCUCCUCCUCUCGUUUCUUGUCCUCCAAGCCCAAGGCCUCCGCGAGUACGACCGCCGCAGCGAGCUCAAAGACGUACCACCCGUGUCUGAACUUGGCUGGACGGUGCCCUUAGCUGGCGGUAGCUGUGCUGGUGAUAACUGUUUCAGUACUCUGAGCCGACCUGCUGCAAACAAGACGCUCCAGGUUUUGGCUAUCGGUAGCGGGCUGUUCAACUACAGCUGCGAGGGCCUCCUGCCAGCCAAUCCUCCUACCUUCAUUGCUCAAUACACCGAGCUCUACAACGCUGCCGUUCUUGCCGCCAACCUCCCUAACGAGCAGUUGUUCCACGACCUCAUUCCGCAGCUUUAUGGUUAUGGUCUGGGUGCAGACGAUAAUUCGACGCUGGAUUGCAUGGGAUCAGUGGGAACUCUUGAUAAUACGGCCGUUAUCACACUCUACGACAUCGCCACCUUCCGAGCUCGCCCGUUAGAGUCAGUCUCCUCCCCAAACGACACCGCAGUGAAUGGUCUGUGGUCUCAUAGUGUGAGUUCAGAUCUGGCUUGGGAAAUCUAUCGAGUCGAGAUGGCAGGAGGUGCUGUGCCUGGAACCUGUCUGGGGCAGCCAGAUGAAUUCAACAUUGAGUAUGUCGCCGAAUACUGGUUUUACCAGUAG